CGGCACCGCCGCGCUCGGUCCUUUCUCUUCCGGCGGCGACUGAGGCAAUGGCCAAGUCCAAGAACCACACCACCCACAACCAGUCUCGUAAGUGGCACAGAAAUGGGAUCAAGAAACCCAAGACAGAGAGAUACGAGCCUCUGACUGGGGUGGACCCCAAAUUCCUGAGGAACAUGCGAUUCUCUAAGAAACACAACAAACGAGGGAAGAAGGCGGUCGCUGCACAGAAGAGUGUGAAGGGCUGAACCCGUGAGCUGUGACACUCACUAUCCUGGGGCGGGGAGCAGGGUGUGGGGGGGGGGGGGGGGUAAUGUCCAUAUCAUGUUAUGAUAAGUUUGUUAAAUAAAAAAAAAUUAUCCUUGCA